UCAUAAUUAGACUGCUUUGAUUUAUUUAUGGAAGAGUGGGUUUUUCCCCAAACGCAUUUAUUAAAUUAUUUAUAAAUUAAUAAUGUAAAAUAACGAAAAUAUUAACCACUGUAAAUCUCGCUAUAAAACAAGCACCAAGCAAACCAAGUUAAAUCAUCUAAAACACUUAAUUUAUUGACUACUAAGUGCGCCGAGGACGUGGCUGAAAUGAAUACUUCACAUUUUGUGCUGUCUGCCUGCUGUGCGUCUUUGGUAUUUUUGGCAUUUUGCAUAGCCGAAUCUGCGAGCGAUGAGCGCUAUUUGCCUCUGCCUGCUGACGAUACGGUCUUGAGCACAAAUAAGCGCUUUCAACAGAUCAUGCAAGGUGGCGGCUCUGCAGAUAUAACGUGGCCGCAGCCACCCAAAUUGAAAACAGACAAGAUCGAUGUAAAGGCUGAAAUAGAAAAAUUGAAUACAACUUAUGUAUAUCAAAGUUCAUGGCCAAGUGCAGAUCUUAAAUUAGGAUCUGUAACCGCAGUUAGUUUUGACAAAGACGGAAAUGUAGUUAUAUUUCAUCGUGUAGAUCGUAUUUGGGAUGGAUAUACGUUCAUCGGAAAUGUUUUUAAACAACGAAAGAAGGGGCCCAUUCGAGACAACACUGUCCUGGCAUUGGAACGUAAAACCGGGGAAGUGGUCUAUGGCUGGGGGAAAAACUUAUUCUACAUGCCUCAUGGCUUGACCAUCGAUCAUGAGGAUAAUGUAUGGCUUACUGAUGUAGCGCUGCAUCAAGUCUUCAAGUUUGGACCACGCGGUUCUUCCGAUCGCCCACUAUUGACUUUGGGUACCGCGUUUACGCCCGGCGUUGGUGAUUCGAAAUUUUGCAAGCCUACUUCCGUUGCAGUAUUGGAAAAUGGUGACUUUUUUGUUGGCGAUGGUUAUUGCAAUGCUCGAAUUUUAAAAUAUGAUAAAAAUGGAAAGAAAAUUCUAUCCUGGGGUCAAAACUCAUUCGCUGGCGUUUCCUUUGAAGUAGCACCAAAAAAUUACUUCGCCAUUCCACAUGCACUUACACUCGUGCCUGAGCAGCAAUUGAUUUGCGCAGCUGAUCGUGAAAAUGGGCGUGUGCAGUGUUUCUUUUGGACUAACGGUACAUUCCAUUCGCAAUAUCAUAAUCAAAUUAUUGGCGAUCGUUUAUUCAGCAUGGAUUAUACACCUGCAGAAGGCGGCGAACUUGUAAUUGUUAAUGGACCCAUCGCUGAAUUGGGGGUCAAAGUACAGCAUUAUAAUGAAGUUCGUGGCUACGUAAUGAACAUGCGCACUAAGCAAGUGGUAUCGAAAUUCGGUCCCAAUGACAUGCAAUUUUCAAAUCCACACGAUGUGGUCGUAACCAAAGAUGGCAAUGAAAUCUAUGUCGCUGAGUUAGAUCCAAAGCGUAUACAUAAAUUUCUGCAUAAAACUGUUGCCAAAUCGAUGCCGCUGUCAGCAGCUAAAACACUUUCCAGCAGCAGCAGUAACACUUUGAGCCACACCGGUCCGGAGUAUCAGGUGGAUGAAGCUGUUGUAAAAAGAACACAUAAUGAUACCACCACUAUGCAUGAUGCUACGAUGUCCUCGUCGUCAACGAAACCGCAUCAUCCCGGUGGCACAGCUAUACUUGUAGCAUCUUUAAUGAUACUCUUUGCCACCUUAACGUUCGCAUUGGCAUUUAUUAUUGCACGUCGACGAAAACGAGGUUGCCUGCCGUUCGGUGUGAAGAAUCGUCGUCAUGCUUGGGACUUUCCUUCCAAGCCAGAGGGAUUUAAAUUAGGCGGCCUACUAUUGGAUCGUGGUAAGCGUGGAGGUUUUGAGAAGCUCGAUCAAAAUGCUAGUGAUGAGGAUAAUGAAGCAACUACAAAUAUGCUGGCGAGUGUUCCAUUUGCCUGAGUAGAGUAAGAAAUGAGCUUAAGCCCAAAGU